AUGUUGAAAAGUAUUACGACCAAACUCAUCAAUAAGUUUUUGAAAGAGUAUAUAAUAAUCGACGAAGAUAAGAAUUUACUCGUCCAGUCAUGGAACGGCAAUGUGAAUCUCAAGAAGAUUGAACUGGUGCAAAAAUACUACCAUAAUUUUAGCGUGCGGGGGAUGAUUGAGGAUUUGCGUUUGGUAAUCCCGUGGAAGAAUUUUUUGAAUGGUUAUGUGACGAUAGAGGCAAGCAAUGUUGAUAUUUACAUAGAAAGCUAUGAUAUUCAACAAAACUUGAGCAAGUUGGCGGUAAAUAACAGCGAGUCGAUAAGCAGUGACGACAAAAAAGAGAAGAAGAAAAUGAGUUUUUUUCUGAGGAAGCUACUCGAAAAACUACUUAUUAAGGUAGAAAAUUUGACAAUUUACUACAGGAAAUAUCGAUUAAAAGUGAAUAUGAUAUCGAUUAACGACAAAAAAGAAAUCAACAUUGAGAGUAUAUCACUAGAAAUGAAUAGCAAUGAAACAUAUAUAAAGAAAAUUAUGCCUUUCGAUUUCCGAGGUAAGAUUUCGGACAACAGCAUCAACGCAUACGUAGAUUGUGUUGAUGUCCUGGUCAGGAGAAGAGAUAUAGUUGAAAUCACGUGCGAUAUGUUGGAUUUGUACAAGGAAAUUUUGCAAGUAUCGGAAGAACAUGAUGAAAUGUACAAGGUAGCAUCCUCAAAACGAGAUGUCAAUGCCUCAGAGAAAGAGUUGCACGGUGAUCAUCUUCUGCCUAAAAUUGAUGGCGAAAAUAAAAUCGAACAGGAGCUUGAAGGAGAUACGAAGCGCAUCAUCAACUUGGAUGAGGAGAUUAAAAUAUGUUUAGUGAUGGAUAAGCUCAAAUUAAAGAUCAUAAAAGAAACUAGAAAGGGUCUGAUCAAGGUUCUUAAAUAUCGAAUACUGGACUUGAAAUUGGAACACCGAAACAGUACAAACUUGAACUUUAGGCUAGAUUCAAGCACAGUAAGGCUUUUUUAUAACAUGGAAAAUGAUCGUAUUACUGUUUCUGAGAUAUAUGUCAAUACCAUAAAAAUAAUGAAACGGCUUGGUUAUCGUCUGAGGAACAAGCUAGACUUGACCGUUUCAUGCAGUGAAAUAGGAAUAGAUAAGAAAAGAUGUGCGUUGAAAGGGUUUAGGUUGAAAGGCAAAGACGUUUGCUUUGAAAUCCCAUUUUUCUGGAUGCACAGCGCCGCAGAGCUGAUUUUCACAAAAAUAUCUGAAAUUAAUAUUAGCGCUGAUGUUUGCAAAUUGCUUAUGUUCGUGAAGACGCAUAUCGAAUUGACAAAGGGAAACAGAUUUUUGAAAAAAAUUACUAACAGAUUGGGUACACGAUCAGAUACAAAGAUGCCUUGGGUUAUUUUCUGUCUCCAAAGCUGUAUCAUGAAUACAUCCCUAUUCGUUGGCAACUUCUCAGUUAUACCGGGUUGUAUUGAUAAGAACAUUGAGGAGCUAGAGCAGUUGGCAACAGGGGGUAAACAGCUAAUUUCAGAUGAUACGCAAGGAUACGUGAUCAAAUCGGAUACUAUCCGCUGGUAUGAGCACGAGAAACAUGACAUCUGCGUUACAUUAGUCGAUAGUGCAGUACCAAUAUCACGGUUUCAUUUCGGAAAUUUCACCAUUGACGAGAUCAAAAAAUGCACAAAUGGUUAUUGUGUAGGACGUGUUCAAUACAAAAAGACACAGUUGGACAACUUUGUGAUAACCUUUGAGGAUAUAAUUAAGGUAGAAAUCGAUAAAAUUGUUAUUCACAAUGAAUAUGAUCUCGUGCAAACUAUUUACGGCAUCAAAAAUGUUGUUUACUCAUUUAUUACGGAUCAGUUCAGUAGCCCAACAAAAGACCCAGGAAAAGAUGUUGAAAUUUGUAUCAAAAAGAUCACAUACUACCAUAAAAGCAUGUUCGAAAUAGAAUGUUUGCUAUUUAAAAAUGAUACGCUUACUUUGAGGGUUCUCAGCGGUGGUCUUGCCGUUCAUAUAAAUCUAGGAAUAAGCGAUACAGAGGUCAAAGUUGAUUUAAAAGUUGAGGGAGCCGUAGACACUGCGGAAUAUAACAGCAUUUUAUAUUGCAUUAUUGAAUUUAUUGACAUACUCAUAACAAUUCUAGAUAAUUCGUACGAGGGAAAAACAAAAUCGAAGAUGGUUCUAAUAAAUGCCGAUGCAAAGAUGCUGUUGAGGGGAGUUGUGUGCGCAAGGUCAGCCCAUUGUGCUGAGGAAUGCUAUCGGCUCACUACCAGUGCAAGCGUUGUUAUUUUAGGAGAAAAUAUCACUGUAACAGUUGAAAAGGGUUUUUUAACAGCUAUAAAUCAGAGUACGGGACAUUCUGACACGUUGUCUAUUUUAAAUAAGUCGUUUGAUAAAAAUAACAGCAUUAUUGGAGAAAGCACAGGAUUAUUAGAGCACGAAGUUGUAGUGAAUGACCUUAAGGUGAAGAUUAAGAAAAUAGAGUACGGAAUGAAUUUGGAUGUAUCUGUUUCAGAAAUACACAAUUCGAUUCUCUUGCACCAGGUUCUUAUCUUGAAGGAGUAUUAUCUACUUCCGCAGUUGGGUAUUAUCGGUACAGCACUGCGUCUCAAUUACACGAUAAAAAUUGGAAAGAUUCGAUGUGACCUGUCAUAUAAUUCCCGAGUCAAGUUGGAUAUCACCAGUCUAUGCAUUGAAAACGAUACUACGAAGUUCGAUGUGGAGUAUGGAGGUAUUGAUGCACGGAUUAAUAUAAAGACAACAUACGAUGUGGUCAAUACUUUGAAGAUCUCGACAAAUAACGUUAUCGUAAAAAAUGAGGUUGAAGAUUAUGAAAUGUAUCACAAGCUUCUUCAGACCCUCCUCGAUGAGUCUAAUACCAACUUUACGAGUGGCAGGUACACCCAGGUUAAUUUGAUAGUCAAAGAGAGCGAACUGUAUCUCAACAGAAGCAAGCCACAGGAUGAAGACACAAGUUACUUUGUGGAGACUAUGCCGUUGCUUAUGUUUCAAAUCGAAAAACUGAUAUUUUUCUCGCCAACCACUGGCAGUCUUAGAUUCUCAGGAUAUAUUUUUAAUCCGAAGAUCUUGGAAUAUGAGCUGUUGUUUGAGCCUGCCAGUAUCGUGGUUGCCAUGUUGGGCAACAAGAUAACAGUCAAAUGUUCUGAUUUACGGCUAAAUAUUGCUAAAGAAACAUUCCAGACAUUCAGCUUUGAUCACAAAGACUGUAUAAUUCAGCUGGAGAAUAUUAUGAGCAGCCUGGGCGUGUUUCUCAGGGCCGGUCACCACGAGAAGUACGAUCUUGAUGUCGUGCCUGAUGACAAUGAUGAUGAGCAUAAUGUAUGUGUAUCGGAAACACGUACC